CACACGGCUGUGAUCUUUUCUCCUUUGCAAAGUCCUCGCAGAGUCAGCGAGUUGACUCUGUUCCUUCCCCUGGCCCCCCUCUCCUUCCUUCACUCCGUCUCCCGGCAUUCCCCACUCCUGUCCCUGUUUGUUUAAAUACCGGCCUCGGAAGUAUCGGCCCCAUUCAGAAUCAGCCUCACCACCAUGUUUCUUCUGACUUCAGUCUUGGUAGCAGUUGUCUGCCUUUUGAUGGUGUGGAUCUUUAAAAGUGCUGAUGGAGGCAUCCAGAGAAGGAAGGGGGAGCCUAGAGCCAGGGCCGAGGCUCGCCCCUGGGUGGAUGAAGACUUGAAAGACAGCACUGAAGUCCACCAGGUGGAAGAAGACGCUGACGAAUGGCAAGUGUCAGAGGAAGAGGUGGAACACGUCCCAUUCUCCCACACCCGGUAUCCUGAGAAGGAAAUGCUUAAGAGAUCCCAGGAAUUUUAUGAACUUCUCAAUAAGAGACGGUCUGUUAGAUUCAUAAGUAAUGAGCAAGUCCCAGUGGAAGUGAUUGAUAAUGUCAUCAAAGCAGCAGGAACAGCCCCAAGUGGGGCCCACACAGAGCCCUGGACCUUUGUGGUUGUGAAGGACCCGGACGUGAAGCAUAACAUUCGGGAGAUCAUUGAGGAGGAAGAGGAAAUAAACUACUUGAAGAGGAUGGGACCUCAGUGGGUUUCAGACCUGAAGAAACUGAGGACCAACUGGAUUAAGGAGUACUUGGACACAGCCCCUGUUUUGAUUCUCAUUUUCAAACAAGUACACGGUUUUGCUGCAAAUGGCAAGAAAAAGACCCACUACUACAAUGAGAUCAGUGUUUCCAUCGCUUGUGGCAUCCUCCUAGCUGCCCUGCAGAACGCGGGACUGGUGACUGUCACGACCACUCCUCUCAACUGUGGCCCCCGUCUGAGGGUGCUCCUGAACCGCCCCGCAAAUGAAAAGCUGCUGGUACUGCUCCCUGUGGGGUACCCCAGCAAAGAGGCCACGGUGCCUGACCUCGCACGGAAGCCUCUGGAUCAGAUCAUGGUGACUGUGUAGGCAGGACACAGGCAGGGACCUGCUGGAAGGUGAUGCCCCCCACUCCUUUCUCCUGUUCCUUUUGGGAGUACAGGCUGCUCUCUCCCUGGGUGCUCCGCCUCCCUGGCACUCCACUCCGCAGGGUUGACCUCUCUGUGCGCGAAGAAACCUUUGCACUUUCUACAGCACUUUGAGUCUGAGGAGCCCUGAUUCCGAUAGUGUGAUUAGCUGAACCAUACAGAGUAAGAGAUGAAUAGGUAUGUUCUCUUCCAUUUCUUACCCACUUUGGAAAUGCAUUAAAUUUUUGCUAAGAACAUGCCCUUGGUUUUUAAAGUUUUGUAAUUGUUCCAGAAAAAUCACGGGUGAUUUUUUUCUUUCACUCUUUAAAAACUCAAAGAGGAAAGAGUCAUCAGAAAAUUUAAUAUAGUCCCAAGAAUUCAGCUAUGUGAUGAUUUUUAAAUUUAAAUUUAGACUGAUCAAACGGUUUUCUGCCCUCUGCUUUCUGGUGGCUUUUAGACAAGGAUGUACUUUUGAGAUGCACUCUUCCUGAGCUUUAUGGAUAUUCUGCCAGUUUUUAAUGAGUAACCUUCAAAAUAAUUAAAACAUCACAAGCACAGAACAGAACAGUGCGUGCUUGUGUAGACGGGCAACCAUCUGGACCUAUACAUGGUUAGUCGCAUUGUCCAGAGUGCAUGUUGCAGCUGCCUCGCACCAGCUCGUUGAAGCUGACGGUUAAAUAUUCAGGAAUUCUGUGAGCCAGUUAUUAAACCAUUUGCAGCUUGAAAUUGCCCACGGUGGGAGUAUUUACACCAUGGCAACUGGCAGGCACACAAAUCAGGGCUUGCUUUGUUUUUCUUAAAGGGAACUGUUUUCCAGACACUAGGGAGUUCUGUGUUCCCCUUCUUCUCUACUCUCCCCCACGAAACACACUUAUCCUCUUCCUCCAGAUGGCAGUCACACUGUAUGCAGCCGAUGGGGUCACAGGGUGCCGGGCGGGGACUGCCAGCUCUAGCCCUCCACCUGUCACCUUCUGUCUUCCCUUCCAGGGGCGCUGCUCACACAGGUACACUCGGAGCUCAGAUAAUUGCUCAUCAAAAGCGACUCUUCUCACCUCUCUAUCCCCUUCCACUGUCUUUUUUCUCUUCUAUUUUUUUUUUUAAACACAGAUCCCUCCAAAAAAACUCUCCUGCUUCUUUUCACUUCAUUCGUGUGUCACACAGUGCAUUGAUAAGAUCAUCAAUAGUAUCAUUGAUAAGAGUCAGAGCUGGUGACAAAUCUGUAUCAGAGAAAAGAAAGAAUUUUUUUCCCUUUAAAAUAUAAUUAGAGGGAAUUCCCUGGUGGUUCAGUGGUUGGGACUAGCCCUUUUCACUGCUGAGGGCCCGGGUUCGAUCCCUAGUCAGGGAACUAAGAUCCUGCAAGCCACGUGGUGUGGCCAAAAAAAAGGGAAAAAAAGAAAAAAAAAAAGAAAUAAAGCUCUUAAAAAUAUGUACAUAUAAUUAGAUAUUACAAGAACCUGUGCUGUCGGCCUCUGAAGUACCCAGAGUCUCUUUUAGAAUCUCCAAAAUCUUCCAUCAAAAAUCUUUUUUUCUCUAAACGUGCUUUUCCCCAAGUCUAUACAUUUUACUAAAUACAAACUUUCUUAUAUUUUGUUUCUAUUCUUUUAAAAAAAUUAUUAGUAUUGUGAUAGUUAUUUGUCCUGAACUCUUAUCGUAAACGAGCAUUGUUUUCACAACAUUGUGGCUUUGUUAGAUGUAUGUGAACUGCGCUGGGAACCUAAUCACUGUACUUCAAGUUGUUUUUAACAGGAAAAAGAUACUCUGAGUUCCAAUAGCAGAACAAUAAACACUUUGGCAUCAUGGUGCA